UCUUGAAGCAGCCUCUGGGAUGCGUGUGCAUGUCCCUCACUCUUCGCACAGACUGGAUCUGGGGGUAAUGGGCGCCCCAUUCGUUCCAGUGUUUGUAGGAUCCAAAUUCAAACAGGUCUAUCGGCAUUGAGAUAUCUUCAAGGAUGGCUCUGACUAAUCCCAUGCCACUUGGGCCAUGGAAGCUCACAGUCUAUGACCAAGAGAACUUCCAAGGCAAGCGCAUGGAGUUCACCUCAGCCUGUCAGAACAUCAUGGAAUGUGGCAUGGACAAUGUCCGCUCUCUGAAGGUGGAGUGUGGCGCCUGGGUGGGCUAUGAACACUCCAGCUUCUGUGGGCAGCAGUUCAUCUUGGAAAGAGGUGACUAUCCUCGCUGGGAGUCUUGGAGCGGCAGCAAUGCUUACCACAUUGAGAGGCUAAUGUCCUUCCGGCCAAUCUGCUCUGCUAACCACAAGGAGUCAAAGAUUACCGUCUUUGAGCGGGAGAACUUUAUUGGCCACCAGUGGGAGAUAAUCGAUGACUACCCCUCUCUCCAGGCCAUGGGCUGGCCCUCCAAUGAGAUCGGAUCAAUGCAGGUGCAAAGUGGGGCCUGGGUUUGUUACCAGUACCCCGGUUACCGUGGUUACCAGUACAUCAUGGAGUGUGACCACCACGGCGGCGAGUACAAACACUACAGGGAGUGGGGCUCCCACGCUCAGACCUUCCAGGUGCAGUCCCUCCGCCGGGUUCAGCAGUGAGGGCACAUCGCCCAGCUCCCUUCCUCCCUCCCCCACCUCCUCCUCCUCUUCCUCCUCCACCUCUUCCUCACCUCCACCCCUUCAUUCCGAAACCGGCAAGCCCAGCACAGGCUGAACGUCUGGUGCAUUCGGUAGAUGUUUACAGAGCUUUCUUCUUUCUGCAUGCCAUCGAUUUGAAAGAAAAGAGUGAGAGGAAGAACUCAAGCGGACUGAUUCUGUGAGUGGCACGGUGGUGACUUAAGCUUUGCUCCUCAUCGCUGUCAUGAUGCAGUCUGUGCUAAAGAGAUCAAUAAAGGGUACACUUAUGGAAACUACCUAUUGUGAGAGUUUGUUUGAUGCAUGUAGCUGAAAUGGCCCAAAUUGUAAUAUCACAAAAUUGGACCAUCAUUACCACCAAGAUAUCCUAUAACUAUUGUUAUAAAAGACUUAAUGACCAAUGGGAUUUGAGUACUGGGACAAAAUAAGUUAGGGAUAAAAUAAUAAAUAAUAAAUAUGUAUCAAGGAAUUAUUGUUCUCACUUUUGUUUGGGUGGAGUACUGAUUUUCUUUGCCUGUCACCCAUCAUGAUUACAUGCAAAAAUAAUGUACCAAAACUUUGUAAUAAAUUUUCAUCUUUGUUUCAUCUUCAUCGCAAUUAGACAGAAACAUUUUUUUUUUUUUUUGAUUUGGGAUGCAUUUAAAGCUAUAGCCAGUUUUGAACCAAAGUUUAGAAAAUCUAAAAAUGCAAUAUUAAGUUAUGUAAUG